AUGAGGCCAAGCGACGUCACAUACGAUUCCAAUUCACCUCUUCAUUCGACGACGUCAACUUUUUGCUCUUUUGAUGAGAUUUUACGACAAUCUCACUUUCCUCUUGCUUCAAUUCAUCAUAGAAAAAGUCGCGAAACUCUUUUAUCUGGAAAAAUUCCACGACUUCUUAAACGUUGUAGUUCAUCUGCUCGCAAUUUGUUGGCACGUGAUCGAAGUCCUCGCAUAGUAAUUGAAGACAGACAGAAUUCACGACGACAUAGUUACGGCUCUCUACCUUCUGUUACGGAAAGAUCCUCUACAUCUCAAUCUUUACGUAAACGCAAAGAAGUGGAAACAACUCGACAAUCAAGUUCAAUUGGAUUUCGAGAUGGAAGCGAAGAUCUUCAACUCUUUCGUGACGAAGCUGAAUAUUCCGAUUAUUUACUUGCUCACGUCACGGGUCAACAUUUCAAUCGUUCGGAAGAUGGUGUGAUUUUUUAUGAAGUCCAAGUUCAUUUAAGCAAACAGCAAUGGUGUAUAGUGCAUCGAUUUUCCGAAUUUCGUGCGUUACGAUUACAAUUGAUUAAACAUUUAAGUCGAAGCAAACGUCGUCGUCAACCUCAUUGUCCCAUUUGUGACAAUGUACUCACUUCAAUUGUCAAUGGUGCUUUUCCUUCACGUAAAGUCUGGGGUUCGCAUCUGUUUUCAAAAUUAACGAUUGAAAUGGUUGAAAAUGAAAUCAUUUGUGAACGUAAAGUUCGGUUUCAACAAUUUGUAGUCAUGUGUUUACUUACGAUUCGAAGUCUCCGUCAACAUCUUCGAGUAUUACCUGACAAUUCUUCCUGUGAAACUAGUGUCUUAUUGCGUUUGAUUGAAGAGUUUUUGGGCUUAAGUUUUGCUCGAUAUUUCGGAUUUCUUACUGAACGUGGAAUAGUUGAUCAAACACCAAAGUGUCUAUUACGAAAGAGAUCAUUGCGUCAACCGCGAACAUUCCGAGCGUCAUCUGACAUCACUUUAGCUAAUAUGAAUAGAUUAGAAACUUAUUUAGAUUCGAUCCACUUGCAAUAA